AGGCGCCAUGUUGGAGGGCUGGUGGUAGCGGCUCGGGGAGGUGCUCAUUCUCUCGGUCUCGCUCUCUCGCUCGCUUUCCCCGGCUCCCUUCGGUUCCCCCCUCCCCCUGGUCGCUUGUGGGCCGGAGUGUGUGCGAGGGAGGGGGAGGGUGCUAGGGGUGGGGAAAAGCGUUCCGGUGCCCGGAGACCCGCGGAGGGAGGCGGAGGCUGCGAGGGACUCCGGGAAGCCAUGGACGUCGAGAGGCUGCAGGAGGCGCUGAAAGAUUUUGAGAAGAGGGGGAAAAAGGAAGUUUGUCCGGUCCUGGAUCAGUUUCUUUGUCACGUAGCCAAGACUGGAGAAACAAUGAUUCAGUGGUCCCAAUUUAAAGGCUAUUUUACUUUCAAACUGGAGAAAGUGAUGGAUGAUUUCAGAACUUCAGCCCCCGAACCAAGAGGCCCACCUAACCCUAAUGUCGAAUAUAUUCCCUUUGAUGAAAUGAAGGAAAGAAUACUGAAAAUUGUCACUGGAUUUAAUGGUAUCCCUUUUACUAUUCAGCGACUAUGUGAAUUGCUAACAGAUCCAAGGAGAAAUUAUACAGGAACAGACAAAUUUCUCAGAGGAGUAGAGAAGAUUCUUUCAGCAUGUUUGCCUAUUUCACGUUGGGUGAUUUGUGAGUGUGCCAGCCCACACCAGACUGAGAGUUCAGUUUUGACCAAAAACAGCAUGACCUCCUGUGCCCCCCACCCUCCUUGUCACUGGAUCUCACCCCAACCGGGUUUUUGUAUGUGUCCCUGGAUGAAAGAAGUCCUCAAAGAGAAAUGUUUUGCUGAUGUGGAAGAGAAUGUGAUGGUUGUUAGCUGUGUGUAUCCUUCUUCAGAAAAAAACAAUUCAAAUAGUUUAAAUCGAAUGAAUGGUGUUAUGUUUCCUGGAAAUUCACCAAGUUAUACUGAAAGGUCUAACAUAAAUGGGCCCGGAACACCCAGGCCACUUAAUCGACCAAAGGUUUCUUUGUCAGUCCCCAUGACAGCAAAUGGCUUGCCUGAGGGCACUGAUGGCAGAGAGUCAAACUUACAGCAAAAUGAGGACAAAAAUCACAGUGACUCUCUGACUUCUGGAUCAGAAGGUUCCUCAGUGAGCCCUAUAAAAAAUAAACACCCAGAUGAAGAUGCUGUGGAAGCUGAAGGGCAUGAGGUAAAAAGACUUCGAUUUGACAAAGAAAGUGAAGCCAGAGAGACAGACAGUCAGACAUCUUCCAGUGAAAUUUCUUCGGUUAUGGUAGAAGAAGCAGAAGAAUCAUCUUCAUCUCAGGAUAAAGACAAAGAAAGUAGUUGUACCAGGCAACACUGUACAGAAGAAGAUGAGGAAGAGGAUGAAGAGGAAGAAGAAGAGUCUUUUAUGACAUCAAGAGAAAUGAUCCCAGAAAGAAAAAAUCAAGAAAAAGAAUCUGAUGAUGCCUUAACUGUGAAUGAAGAGACUUCUGAGGAAAAUAAUCAAAUGGAGGAAUCUGAUCUGACUCAAGCUGAGAAAGAUACACAUUCUGAAGGUAGUGAAAAUAUAGGCCCUGAAAGUAGUGGUUCUGAUUGCCGUGAAACAGAAGAAUUAAUAGGAUCCAAUUCCAGUAAAACUGAAGAAAUUCUCUCAGAAUCAUCCAUGGAAAAUGAUGACAAAGCCACAGAAGUCAUAGAAGAACCAAUGGAACAAGACUAACUAUUUAGAAACAUUUAGAUAACAGUAUUUUACAUACAGUUCUGGUUUUACACUGUAUAAAUCGUCUGUGUAAUAAAGUGGACGUUUAGUUUUUACAAGAGAAGCAGGUUGUAAAAUAAAGUAUUUUGUGGAAUAAAUCCUGAAAGAGUUGUACAUGUAAGAAAUGUGACUAUCAGCUCCUUGGGUCCUGCUUACCGCUGACUUUUUUUGAUUUGGUCAAAUCAGUGGUUUGUGUAUAGAUUUUUUUUUUUUUUAAUUUUAGAAUUAAAGUUUUUAAACUGGAAAGUAAUUAUAAUUUUGAAAACCUUUUGGAGAUUAUUUAGUUUAUACAUACACAGGAAAGCUUUUUGUCUUAUCUUUCUGACAGCUCCAGCCGUUUUCAUAUUUUGGUCAUAGUUUCAACAUUUUAACAUGUGAAUUUUAAGAUGUCAUGCUUAUUUCCAGAUUUUAUUGUUUGUUGUACAAUGGAACUUUAAGUCAGACACACACACACACACACACACACACUCUCUCUCUCUCUCUCUCUCUCUCUCUCUCUCUCACACUCUCACUCUGUAAUGGGGGGAAAUGUUAUAUUUUUCUGUUUCUAUAAGAGAUGAAUAAAUACAGUGGAUACUUUUUCUAUGGGAAAUAAUUGAGUUCACUUUUUCAGAAGAUAGUUUCCUUCUUUUCUGAGUAAUUCAAAUAUAAUCUGGCCCCGAUGAAACCCUGGAAAUCUUAAGUCUAUUGAAAUACCAGGUUAAACACAUUCCAAGAGAUCUCUUCAAACUGAAAAUGUUUUGUAUACUUUUGAGGUGCCUGAGAAAAAGACUUCAUUAUUUAUGAGAAAAUAUACUUUAUCUUGGAAAUGGUGUUCAAAUAUUAGCUUAGUAUUUUGUAGAAUGAAUGCUUAAUAAAGCUGACAUAAGAACAUCUCAGAAGAACCAGGCAGGUUCUUUAAACUUUGGCUUGUUUUUUUUGAACAUUGUGAAUAUUACACAUGCUUUCUAAAUUAUUCUAGAGUAUGCAACUGUCAAUGAUAUGAAACACCACUGUACUGGAAGAAUUAAUAUAUUACUUUAGUAAUGUACUGGAGCUAAAUGACAGGCUUUAGGGGUGCAUAGAAACCACCAUAAUUUGUAUGACAUUUUGAAGUGAAUUAAAUAUUUUUGAACAUGCUUCUUCAACAGCCAGUGUUACAGUUUUCAGACCAAUACAAAGCACAAUGAUUACUUUAAACUCAAUAUUUUCAAAUUCACAUAUAUAGUGUCAUGCAAGCUGCAAUUUCUCUGGCACAAUUACUGGCUGCCAAAUUUAUACCUGUUUCUUCAGCUGUACCUUUUGAUAUUUAGAGUUUUUAAAUUUCUGUAAAGUAGAUUUUGUAGAGUGUAAUGUGUUCACUGCCUUUGUGAUGCGGUGUAUAACUGUAUAAUUUCUGUGUGUAAACUGAAUGCUUGGGCUUUCAAUACAGUAUUCAUAUGAAGCAAUAAAUACUAAUGCUAUGAAAUAUUUGAGUACAUUUUUAUCAAAAUAUAAAGUAAUUCCUUUUUUUUAGUUUUGGAUACCUGAAAUACACAGAUGAACUUACAAAACUGUAAGUUGCAAACAAUUUCUAAUACUGUAUCAUAUGCUUUUGGGUGAUAUGGGUGGCAACCGCAGUUUUGCAUUUUGACUACUAAAAUUCCUAUGACUAAAAAUACCAAAAUGAUUUGGCUCCGUUUAUGUUUAUAGGGUACUAUACUACUGACUGACUUGACUGUCAGGUUCACAGCAGCUCGGUGAUACAUUUAUGAAUAUGUCUAAUGGUUACAAUAAAAACAAUAUUGAUUUACUGUAAUUGAGGGGAGAAAAAGCUCUUGCAAAUUAAAAACAAACUUACAGAACUGUUAAAAUGAAGCAAAUUUUAAAUGUGACAUUCAUUUUUAGUGACCUGUUAACCUUAUUUUGUUGAGGGAUAUUUUGCCAAUAAGAACAGAUUGUAAACAAUUUAAGUUAAGAAAUCUUGAAAUAUUCUUUAGAAUAUUUAUGAAAUUAAUGUCAAUAAACCUGUUCUUUAAGAUCCUGUGACCUUUUGAUAUUUUUAUUUUAAUUGUGCCAUGGACCAUUUGUAAACAAAUAGAUUUCCUUUUCUUAUAAGUUGGAAGUAUUAGCAUCAUGACUUUGAGGUCUGUGGUUUUAUUUGUAAACUUGCAAUUGUUAUUUUUGCAAGGGCAAAUGUAUAUCUUUAUUAAAUAAAGUACAAUAAUGGUGAAUGUACCAAAA